AGCGUAAAAUAUAGUAAAAGAAGUAUUUUGGACAAUGGACAUCAAUAGGAAUAAAAGGAAUCCAUUGGAUACAGCUACUUUCUAUUCCAAUUAGUGAGCCCAUUGUCAACCGUUGGAUUUUACACGACCAAUGAGGAUUCAUCUGCAGAUUAUCCAAACUUGCCUCUUCUUCGCUUCUUUUAACUUCCACCAGCUGUCUGAUUAAUUUGAGAAAAUGGCGUUGGCGUCACUACAAUUGACCAUGAACAUUAGUGGAAGAGACAAAGUAUAUGUAGCAGCGCUGCCAUUUAGAGCAACGACAGAACCAUUUCAGUCAGUGACAUCAGCUCUUCACGCACUCCAUCUCUGGGAUUUGCAACAUUUCGUAGUCAUCAUCAAAACCUCUUCACCACCAUCCAAUUCUAAGGCAUCUCUUUUUCAUUUUCAACCUGAAGACCCCCAAAAUUUGUUUGCUCUGGCACUUGCGGCCUUGCCAGGUGGAUCGAUCCCAGGAACUCUUCUUAGAAGAAAGUUGACAAGGCUACCCAAACAAAGAUGCUGGUUUGUGGGAUAUAGUGAAGAGGAUUCCCUGGACAUUGUACUCAAAAUUAACGAUACAUGGGAAACUGACUGGAGGAUGGGUAUUCACGAUUGCCGCAAUUAUGCCAACAAGCUGGUCGAGCGCCUUACUGGUGAAAAGUAUGUGUUAGAGCGCUUGAGAAGAUGCACUGGUUGGCUGAUUUAAGGCAUCAAAUUUCUGGCACUACUCCUGUAAGUCACCUCAAUGUCGUCGAUUACUCUUCCACAGUUACAGGCCGCCCCAUUAAGAUUCAUAGCACUCAAUUACUUUUGGUUUGUUUUUAUAUGUUUGUUUUCUGGUAUGCCAACCCAGAUUUCGUAAUGUCAUUAUUGCUGGUGUGAUGUUCUGCUAGUUCAAGUGCUCAAGAUGUUGACAUGCUCUACAAUUUAGACAGUGACCAUCAUAGCCAAGAGUGUUGACGGAAAUUGCUGAUGAGACAACCCUUUAUCAUUGCAAUGUGAACUCCAAUCCCAUACAAUCGUAAAAAAGGACAGACUGGGCAAUAUGUGAAACUCGAAUGUUUCGGUCCCCUUAAGCUUUUAUUGAAGAUACCUUUGUGAA